AUUUGGAAUAAAGUAUAUGUGUGUAGUUAUGGUGAUGGCAUAGCAAUGUAAACGCCUCUGCCAUAGAGUCUGAGAUCGCUUCCUUCCUUUUCUCUCUUUCGAUCCUCCUUAUCGCAUUUCUCAACUAUUGUUUCCAAUCUCACGCCAAUGGCGGAUAGAGAGUCUUGUUGUUCAACUCAACUUAUUGACGGAGAUGGUGUAUUCAAUGUCUCUGGGGUUGAAAACUUUAUGAAGGAGGUGAAGUUGGCUGAAUGUGGGCUUUCGUAUGCUGUAGUUUCUAUAAUGGGUCCACAAAGUAGUGGCAAGAGCACACUAUUAAAUAACUUGUUUGGUACCAACUUCAGAGAGAUGGAUGCUUUCAAGGGAAGGUCUCAAACAACCAAAGGAAUCUGGAUGGCUAGAUGCAAUGGCAUAGAGCCUUGUACACUUGUUAUGGAUUUGGAGGGUACCGAUGGAAGAGAACGUGGAGAGGAUGACACUGCUUUUGAAAAGCAGAGUGCUUUAUUUGCUCUUGCUGUAUCAGAUAUUGUGUUAAUAAACAUGUGGUGCCAUGACAUUGGCCGUGAGCAAGCUGCAAAUAAGCCACUUCUAAAAACUGUCUUUCAAGUCAUGAUGAGAUUGUUCAGUCCACGAAAAACAACACUGUUGUUUGUCAUACGUGAUAAAACAAGGACGCCACUUGAAAAUUUAGAACCUGUUUUGCGAGAAGAUAUUCAGAAGAUAUGGGAUUCUGUUCCUAAACCACAGGCCCACAAGGAAACCCCAUUAAGUGAAUUUUUCAACGUUGAAGUUGUUGCGCUUUCUAGUUAUGAAGAAAAGGAAGAGCAAUUUAGAGAGCAGGUUGCCAGUUUGCGGCAACGAUUCCAUCAUUCCAUUGCUCCUGGUGGGCUUGCAGGGGAUCGGCGUGGAGUAGUUCCUGCUUCCGGAUUUUCAUUUAGUUGUCAGGAAAUAUGGAAAGUCAUUAAGGAGAACAAAGAUCUCGACCUUCCUGCACAUAAGGUUAUGGUUGCUACUGUACGAUGUGAAGAAAUCACCGACGAGAAAUAUGCCUCCUUUUCUGCAAAUGAGGAUUGGUGUCAAUUGGAAGAGGCUGUGCAAUCUGGCCCUGUUCCUGGAUUUGGAAGAAAGCUCAGUUCACUCCUUGGUACUUGUUUAUCAGAGUAUGAUGCUGAAGCUGCCUUUUUUGAUGAAGGUGUGAGAACUGCCAAACAAAAGCAACUACAAGAAAAAUUGUUCCAACUUGUCCUUCCUGCAUUCCAAUCUGCGUUGGGACAUAUAAGAUCUGGAACUUUGGAUAAAUUCAAGGUGGCAUUUGACAAGGCUUUGAAUGGUGGGGAAGGGUUUUCUGAGGCUGCUAGGAAAUGCAGUGAGUUUUGUAUGGUUCAAUUUGACGAAGCAUGUGCAGAUAUUGUUAUCGAACAAGCAAACUGGGAUACAUCUAAAGUGCGAGAGAAAUUGCUGCGGGACAUUGAUGCACAUAUUGCAGCUGUGCGUGCAACCAAGAUUUCUGAACUCACUUCAUCAUAUGAGGAAAAACUUAAACAAGCUUUGUGUGGACCUGUGGAAGCUCUUUUGGACGGAGCUAAUAGUGAUACUUGGUCAUCAAUAAGGAACCUUCUUAGGCGUGAGACUUUAUCAGCUGUUUCAGGGUUCUCUACUGCACUUAUUGGGUUUGAUAUGGAUGAAGAAACAAGACAGAAAAUGCUUAAAAGUUUAGAGGAUUAUGCAAGAGGUCUGGUAGAAGGAAAGGCUAAGGAAGAAGUAGGAAGAGUUCUAAUCCGUAUGAAGGAUAGGUUUACAAUGUUGUUUAGUCAUGAUGCUGAUUCAAUGCCUCGUGUUUGGACUGGUAAAGAAGAUAUACGAUCCAUCACCAAGACUGCUCGAUCUGCUUCUUUGAAGUUGCUAUCUGUCAUGGCUGCAAUCCGUUUGGAUGAUGACGACGCUGACAAUAUUGAGAAAGUGUUAGCCGUUGCUUUGGUGGAACCAUCGCCAAGCAGUAAUGGUACAAGGAGCAUGACAGUGGUUGAUCCACUAGCUUCUAGCAGCUGGGAAGAGGUUUCUUCCUCUAAAACGUUGAUUACGCCUGUCCAGUGCAAGUCUUUGUGGAGGCAAUUCAGGACAGAGACAGAGUACACUGUCUCUCAAGCCAUUGCUGCACAGGAAGCAAGCAAGCGCAACAACAACUGGUUACCUCCCCCUUGGGCGAUAGCUGCUAUGGUUAUCCUAGGAUUUAAUGAAUUUAUGACACUUCUAAGAAAUCCCUUGUAUUUGGGUGUCAUCUUUGUUGGUUAUCUUCUUAUUAAAGCUCUAUGGGUGCAACUUGACAUUUCGGGAGAAUUUCGCAAUGGAGCCCUUCCGGCAAUCAUUUCCUUGUCUACCAAGUUUGUUCCAACUAUCAUGAACCUUAUGAAAAAACUAGCAGAGGAGGGACAGAAUCAUGCAGCUAACAAUCCUCAGAGAACCCCAUCAAAAAACAGUUACAGUGACAGUCACGCCGUGUCGUCAAGCGCCUCAUCUAACCUGACUGCAUUGGACAACGGAAGGGAGUAUGAGGACCCAGUUAAAGAUGAGUAGGUGAAGAAAGUCAUUUGUGUGAAAGCUGAAUUCUUGUGUGGUGAUGGUUGUCCACAAAAUUUGACUGGUGAGCAUUGAAGACAUUGAAAGGCAUUGGUUUUUUUUGUGUAAGUGCCGUAUACUGGGGGCAAUGUUUUAUUGCUGAGUUAGUUCCCCCUUAUAGUGGUUCUCUUUUCCAAUUUAGGUGCUUCAGUCAUUGGAAAAGUUAGCUUAUUUUACACUUUCUUUCUUUGAUGCUUAUGCUGCUUUUGCAAUCAAUUUUGUUUGUAAUUUUAUCAGGCUCACUACUGAGUGCUUCUUCUUCUGGAAAAUUUAUUUAUUGGAUUCGUGUGUUGAUAUUAGAUCAUUUAAAAGAGAUACUAGAGCUCAUUGUGCUUGUUGCCUGUUGCUUGUAAUGCCAACUAUUGUUUCAACUGUAACAUCUUGUUGAAACACAAACUAUACUUGUUUUCUUCCA